AUCUUUUAGAAUCCGAAUAAUUAUUGACGACUUUAUUUAUAUACUUGUCACUAAAUAAUGUUCUCCGAUUGACUACCUACUUACCUACUUAGUACAUAAUAGUCAUCAUGGGGUCGAUAAAUCAGCUUAGGGCUGAAUAUGAUGUAUUAAUCAUUGGCGCUGGGCUUUCGGGUAUCUGCGCUCUUCAUCACAUCCGGGACCGUUUCCCGUCUUGGAGAGUCAAAGUUCUUGAGGCUAGCUCGGGAGUGGGUGGCACCUGGUACAUCAACCAGUAUCCAGGUGCUCGGGUUGAUACGGAGUCUCUAACAUACCAAUUCUCUUGGGAUAAGGAACUCUUGCAAGAGUGGUAUUGGAAGGAGACCUUCUCAACGCAACCAGACGUAUUGAGAUAUAUACAGCGUGUGUGUGAAAAACACGAUCUCUACAAAGACAUCCAGCUAGACACCACAAUUAAAUCCGCGGAAUGGCUUGAUGGCUCUAAUACGUGGCAUUUCACCGAUAGCCUCGGGUGUGAGUAUGGCGCUCGGUUUUUCGUCAGCUGCCUAGGCUUCCUGUCCCUACCCACUCUUCCGGCGAUUCCAGGAAUCGAGCACUUCAGAGGCCAGGCAUUCCACACCUCGGCGUGGCCAAGAGAACUUGAUGUCAAGCGAGAUCUUGACGGAAAGAAAGUUGGUGUGAUCGGAACUGGUGCUACAGGGAUACAGACUAUCACUGCAAUCGCCAAGGCAUCCAAUUUCGAUUCUUUGACGGUAUUCCAACGGACUGCAAAUUGGUCGGCCCCGCUUCGGAACACAGAGAUCUCACCAGAGCAGAUGAAGAAGCACGCUCAGGAAUACGACUCUAUUUUUGGCCAAUGUGCAAAGACAUCUUCGGGAUUCUUAUAUCAAGCAGACCCUCGAAAGUCGUGUGAUGUAACUCAAGAAGAACGUCUUGCACUAUGGGAGAAACUAUACAAUGAACAGGGAUUCGGUAAAUGGCUAGGCGUUUUCAAGGAUACAUACACUGAUCGUGAAGCCAACGACAUGUACUCGGAGUUUAUGGCGGCAAAGAUUAGGGCACGCGUUAAUGACUCUGAAGUGGCAGAUUCCCUCAUACCUAAAAAUCAUGGUUUCGGAAUGCGACGUGUGCCCCUAGAGAGCGGAUACUUCGAGGUGUACAACCAACCUAAUAUCAAACUGGUAGACUUGAGAAAGACGCCAAUCAGGAGAGUAGAUGCAACAACAAUCGACACUGAAGAUGGCAAGAAGCACGAUCUCGAUGUCCUCAUAUUUGCAACUGGGUUUAAUGCUAUCACAGGGUCCUUCAGCGCUAUCGACUUUCACGGCAAGCACAAUCGUCCGCUGCUGGGCUAUAGCGACUCGGAUAAGAGUAGUCGGGCUAUAUGGGUCGAUCACAAACCCAAAACGUUCCUCGGAAUAAUGGCUCCAGAUAUGCCCAACAUGUUUAUGGUGCUUGGGCCGCACCAGCCUUUUGGCAACGGUACGCGGAGCCUUGAGAAUGCCGUCAAUGUCGUAUGCGAUAUACUCCAGCAUAUACUCGAUCACAAUUAUACAUUCGUCGAACCAAAGCCGGAGUCUGUUGAGUCGUGGGGUGAACAUGUCGUGAACUGUAGCAAAGGGUUGUUAGGAAACGAGGUAGAUAGUUGGAUGACAGGUGUCAAUACCAACGUAAAGGGUAAGCAAGAAAGAAGCAUUGCAAGAUAUGUUGGCAAUGUUGUUGAAUAUAGGAAAAGAUGUUCGGAUUGCGCUAAAUCGGGAUGGAAGGAGUUAAGUUUCGCCUAGUCACUAAGCCUGAAAUUAGUCACCGACUCCUGAUUGGUGGAUUGUCUUAAAUAUCGACGAAAAGGGAAUCUCUGGCAUUUGUAUGAUAGGCUUGUCCCUUUGAACAUACUCGCCUAAACCUACUAGGCUGCUAGGUACCUAGGAUAUAGG